GCUUCCGGUGUCUACCGUGGUGCGAUCUGUCAAAAUCGCCCACAAACUCGCAUUCGCGUCUUGUGUUUGGCCCCAAAAUGUGUUGUUGAAGGAUCGAUCGCCCUUUCCCGAUCGAUUUUCGCGAUUUUGUCACUGUAACUUCGCUUUCCAAUGACGCAGUAAACCACGAGACGGUUCCAUUAACUACGAAAAAGUGUGUUGGUUUUUUUGGUCGGGGAGAUUUUUUAGAGGGAGUCCGGGUCGACUUUGAGUGUGGCGGAUAUCAAAACAACGUUUUUCUUUAGACUUUUGUAAUGGCUUUGUACGUGCUUUACGAGCAUGCCGCUGGUUACGCGGUGUUCAGCGUGAAGGAGUUUGAGGAGAUUGCGAUGCUGCUGCCCCAGGUAGAGCAGUCCGUGACCGACUUGUCGCGGUUCAAUUCCAUUGUGAAGCUGUUGGGCUUUUCGCCGUUCAAAACCGCAGUGGCAGCGUUGGAGAAUGUCAACGCCAUUUCGGAAGGAAUCGUGCCGGAUGAUUUGUCCGUGUUCCUGGACAGUGUCCUGCCGAAGGCGUCCAAGAGUAACAAGUUUACGCUGGGGGUGGCCGAUGCCAAGCUGGGUGCGGCCUUGGGCGAAGCCCUCAAGAUCCAGUGCUCGCACAUUGGAGCCGUUCCGGAAAUUUUGCGCGGAAUUCGGCACCAUUUCCCGAAGCUGGUGAAAGGGUUCUCGGACAAGAGUGCCGGCGUGGCCCAGCUGGGUCUUGGCCAUAGCUACUCGCGUUGCAAGGUCAAGUUCAACGUGCACCGCUCGGACAACAUGAUCAUUCAAUCGAUCGCUCUGCUCGAUCAGCUGGACAAGGAUAUUAAUACAUUUUCUAUGCGGAUCCGUGAGUGGUACUCUUACCACUUCCCAGAGCUGGUCAAAAUUGUUCCCGACAAUUAUCUGUUUGCUAAAGUUGCCCAUUUCGUAAAGGACCGGAAAUCACUCUCUGCGGAAAGUCUGGAGGCGCUGGAGGAAAUCGUCAUGGACUCGGAAAAGGCCCAAGCCAUUAUCGAUGCGUCGAAAAUGUCGAUGGGAAUGGACAUUUCGGUGAUUGACCUGUUGAACAUUGAGAUGUUUGCCAAGCGUGUCGUUCACUUGUCCGAAUAUCGUCACCAACUGGCCGCGUAUCUUCACUCUAAAAUGGGCAACGUUGCCCCGAAUCUGCAGUCUCUGAUUGGCGACCAGGUCGGAGCCAGGCUCAUCUCGAAGGCCGGAAGUCUUACCAAUCUGGCCAAAUACCCCGCCUCGACGGUGCAAAUUCUGGGUGCUGAAAAGGCACUCUUCCGGGCACUGAAAACCAAGAGCAACACUCCAAAGUACGGUCUGUUGUUCAACUCUUCGUUCAUCGGCCGAGCCAACGCCAAGAACAAGGGUCGCAUUUCGCGAUUCCUGGCCAACAAGUGUUCGAUUGCGUCCCGUAUUGACUGCUUCACUGAAAGCCCCAGCAACGUGUUCGGCGAGGCGCUCAAACAGCAGGUCGAAGAUCGGCUCAAGUUCUACGAGUCCGGUGAAACGCCGCGCAAGAACCUAGAGGUGAUGAAGGAAGCCAUGGAGGCGGCCGCCCUCAUCAAUCCGGCAGGCACGGAGAACGGGACCAAGAAAAAGAAGAAAAACAAGAAGCGCAAGCAAGAGGACGCCGAGAACAACGGAGAUGCCGCCGAUGAAACGCUGAACGAAACCGCCAACGGAAACGGAACGAUCGCCGAGGAGGAACCCGAAGCGGACGGUGAGCCCAAGAAAAAGAAGAAGAAGAAGAAAAACAAGAACAAGGAAGCGGCGGACGAGUGAGCGAGGGCAGUACGAGUUGAGUACAAUUUUCAUAUUAUCUUUUCCUAUAAAUACUUUAUAAGAUUGCAUAGUGCAAGAGUGCAGUAAUCUUUUGCAAGAGACAGACUAAUAAACUUUAAUUGCUGGCCAGCAAGA